GUCACCAAUGUGCUCUCCGAAUCUACAAAUCUGGUGUCCCAGGAUCACUAACCCCUGCCCUCGGUUCCUCCCAACAGUGACGGAAGGCCGAGGGAUCCUGGAGAGCAUCCAGCGGUUCUCACUGCUGCCUACCUACCUCCCGGUGACCUACCACAUCAACAACGCCGAUGUGUCCUUCUUCCUGAAGGAGGCCAACCAGGACAUCAUGCGCAACUCCAGCCUGCAGUCGCGGGUCGAGUCCUUUCUGAUCUACAAGUCCAAGCGACUGCCGGUGCUCAAUGCCAGCUACGGACCCUUCUCACUUGAGCAGGUGGUGCCCCAGGACUUGCUGCUGCCUUCCAACCCAUUUGGAUUCACCAACACGUUCUCCCUUAACUGGAGGCUGAAGGCCUACGUCUUGCAGGAGAAGGUCUACCUGAGCCAUCCCAAAGUGCAGGUGCUCUUCCAUAUCGUGGGCCGAGACUGGGAUGACCACAGGGAUGAGAAGCUGCCCUGCCUGCGAGUCUUUGCUUUUAGAGAGACCAGGGAGGUUCGGGGCAGCUGCCAGCUGGGUGGGGCCCUGGGGCUGUGUGUGGCCCAGCUAGAGAUGCUGCCUGGCUGGUUCAGUCCCCCUACGGUUGUUUCUGGGCGCAGGAGGCCCACGGAACAGCCCGAGGGAAGCCCUGUGGAACUGUAUUAUGCUGUACAGCCAGGGGAUGAGCGAGGGGACUGUACCAAGGAGGACUCGAGGAAGGGCAGUGGCAUUCCAAUGGGCCACAAUGACGUUGAUGAAUCCAGCCCACCUUUGCACAGAAUUGGGAGUGUCUUCCUUCGCGAAACCCCCAGCAGUCCACUUCUGAGGGAACUGCGUUUAGAUAGCAACGUGGCCGUUCAUUAUGUCCCCAAGACUGUGCGACAAGGAGAUGUACUCACCUUCCCCAUCUCCAUCUCCAGGAACUGCACAGAGGAUCACUUUACUCUGAGGGCCAAGGUUAAGAAAGGAGUGAGCAUCAUUGCGGUGAGAGCCAGCAGCCCUUCCAUCUGGGAUGUCAAGCAGAGCUCGGAGUACACUGGGAAGUAUGCUCCAGCUGUCAUCGUUUGUCAGAAGGUAGCUGCUGGCCCAGAGAAGAGUGUGGAUGAUGCCUCCUACGAAGUCAUGCAGAUCGACAUCGAGAUUGAAGGACCCAGUGACCCACCCACCACACAGCUUGUCACGUGGCAGGUUGAAUACCCAGGAGACAUCACGUCUGACUUGGGGGUGUCCAAGAUCUAUGUGAGCCAGAAGGACUUGAUUGGCGUCAUACCACUGGCAAUGGUAAGAGAGCACUCGGGGAACCUGGAACGGGAAGGCUCCAUGCUGCGACCCAAGCUCAGGGGUCAAGGAUGUCAGUCAGGAAGGGCCAAGAUGGGGACACAAUGGGAGCAUGAAGCUCACUGCCAAUAG